AUGCAAUCAUCCUUUAAGACACAGUCCCCACCUAGUCCCAGUCCUAGUCCCACUCCUAGUACCAGUCCUACUCCCAGUCCUAGUCCCACUCCUAGUACCAGUCCUACUCCCAGUCCCAGUCCUAGUCCCAGUCCCAGUCCUACUCCCAGUCCCAGUCCUACUCCCAGUCCUACUCCUACUCCCAGUCCUAGUACCAGUCCUACUCCCAGUCCCAGUCCUAGUCCCAGUCCUACUCCCAGUCCUACUCCUACUCCCAGUCCUAGUACCAGUCCUACUCCCAGUCCUACUCCCAGUCCCAGUCCUACUCCCAGUCCUACUCCCAGUCCUACUCCCAGUCCCAGUCCCAGUCCCAUUUCCAGUCCCAGUCCUACUCCCAGUCCCAGUCCCAGUCCUACUCCCAGUCCCAGUCCCAGUCCUACUCCCAGUCCUAGUCGCAGUCCCAGUCCCAGUCCUACUCCCAGUCCCAGUCCCAGUCCUACUCCCAGUCCUAGUCCCAGUCCUACUCCUACUCCCAGUCCCAUUUCCAGUCCCAGUCCCAGUCCUACUCCCAGUCCUACUCCCAGUCCUAGUCCCAGUCCCAGUCCUACUCCCAGUCCUACUCCCAGUCCCAGUCCCAGUCCUACUCCCAGUCCUAGUCCCAGUCCUACUCCCAGUCCCAGUCCCAGUCCUACUCCCAGUCCUAGUCCCAGUCCCAGUCCUACUCCUAGUCCCAGUCCCAGUCCUACUCCUACUCCUAGUCCCAGUCCCAGUCCUACUCCUACUCCCAGUCCUAGUCCCAGUCCCAGUCCUAUUUCCAGUCCCAGUCCCAGUCCUAUUUCCAGUCCCAGUCCCAGUCCCAGUCCUACUCCUAGUCCUAGUCCCAGUCCCAGUCCUACUCCCAGUCCCAGUCCUACUCCUAGUCCUAGUCCCAGUCCCAGUCCUACUCCUAGUCCUAGUCCCAGUCCCAGUCCUACUCCUAGUCCCAGUCCCAGUCCUACUCCUAGUCCUAGUCCCAGUCCCAGUCCUAUUUCCAGUCCCAGUCCCAGUCCUACUCCCAGUCCUAGUCCCAGUCCCAGUCCCAGUCCUACUCCCAGUCCUAGUCCCAGUACCAGUCCUAGUCCCAGUCCUAGCACGACUCCAACACCAUCAUUGAAUUUCUAG